UUUUGCUCAUUACCAAUCACAAAACAGGGUUAACACCAAAACCCUCUCCUCUCCUCGUCGUCGUCGUCGUCGUCUUCGUCCUCCUCGGCUUCCUUCUCCGCCGCCGACAAAACCGGCGAGAAUGGACCGGGCCGGGCCGGUUCCGGCGGCGAGGGCGGUGGACCGGACCGGGCCGGGUUCGGGCCCGGCGAGGUCGGUGGAUCGGGGCGGCGCGCACGUGGACGUGCACGUGCUCUUCUGCCACUACAACGCCCUCUACUUCCACGACUCCCUCGGCGCCUGCGCCGUGUCCUGGUCCUCCUCCCCUUUGCCCAGCGGCACAAGUACUUGUCACUAUUAUCCAGGAGGUGGCUGUGAGAUAGUCCUCUCUAAGCCCUUGUUAGGAAAUCGGCCUACUGCCAAUCUCAAGAAUACUUUGCUUCAUGAGAUGAUUCAUGCAUAUAUGUGUUUUCAUUAUGAUAUAAAGGACCAUAGUGACCAUGGUCCAAGUUUCAAGGCCAUGAUGAAUUCAAUCAACUCCAGCACAGUAACAGACCCUCAGAGACCAGUUGAUGGCUACAACAUCACUAUCUAUCAUGAGCUCCACAAGGAAGUCGAGAGCUACAGAUGUGAAAAGUGUGGAAUUUUGGUCAAGUCAACCAUUCAUAGGGAACCUUCAGUUAGUGGUUGCCCUAAAAACGUGGGCCCUGAUGGAUUUUGCGAUGAUUCAUCUUGCCACUGGCAUAGACAUAAAAAGUUAUGCUCUGGUUGUUACGUUAAGGUACAGAAACCAGCAGGAUGUGAAGAGAAGAGAACAAGUUCAAAAGCUGAUCAUUUGCUUCAUGAAUCCACUUGUGAAGAACUGUUAAUGCAAAAAUCAUCUAAAGCUGGAGGAUCAAAUGAUAGAAUUGACGCAAAGAAAACUACGUCGACGAGUUCCUUACAAUCUUCUGGUGACGGGCUCGGAAGCUCGGGCAAUAAUAAUGAUAAUAAUAAUAAGAAUAAUUCUGUUAAAGACAAUUCUCAGAAAAAUCUUAAAGAGUCAAACAAGGCCAUCGAGUCAAAAGGUCAGUCUCAAGAGAUCUCCAAACGAACAAGAACUUCAUCGAAGAAGAAUAGCGAGUAUACCGCCAUGAAGAGAAGGAAGCUAAGUAAGUCCAAGAGCGACUAUGCGGUUAUAAUCCAAUGGCUAAAUGUGUUUGCCUACGAAGACGAAGAAGAAGACGAGGAGCCUUUAGUGAAUAAGCGGACAGAAAGGAGAAGAAAGCAAAAAAUGCUGAUUUCUCUCAAGAAUAGAGCAGGUAAUAACUACUCGGAGGUUGAAGGUAAUGCGUCGCCUUCCCAUAAGGAUGUGUCAAGAGAUGAGAAACCCGAAAAUGAUAGUAAACCGACAGUUGGUGAUCUUCUCGUUGGUAACGAAGAAGUGCCUUUAAAUAGUAAUACAGCGCAUGAAGAACCGCCCACCAAAAGUCAAGGGAAUGAUAUCGAGAAUCAAGGUGAAGGUGAAUGUUCGUCGCCGAUAAAUUCACCGGUUAGAGGCGAGAUCGUGGAUAUCUCUGAUGGCUGAGCAUGCGGAUUCUUGUGGUUUUUGCUUUGUUUGAGACAGCUUUUGUACAAUUGUAAUAGCAUUAGUUUAAUAUCAAGUUUCACCAUAGUAUUUGCUGUCUCAUGUCUCUUUUUUAUUUUUCUUAGUUGUUUCUUUUCCCCUCCUCUUUUUGGGUAUUUGCACAGGGCCCUGCCAUGACCACAUUAUGUUAAACUGAUGAGUUUAAUCUUAAUGUUGAUGUGUAUUAGUAGUUGGAAAUA